CCGGCCAGCGACCGAAUCCCGGCUCAUCUCUCUCCUGCCGGGUCGCCCCAAGCUUAGGGCGAGGGUUUUGGAUCGGGGAGGGGUCUGCAUCCAAGGGCAGAGACCCUUCUCUCUCCGUCCAUUGUGUGUCCAGAACUUGGCUCCAAGGAAACGGCUUAAAACUGAGGGCGAAGGAGGGAGGGGAUAUGGGGGACCCGGACAGGUUAGCAGCCGUUACUUUUCUGGACUUCUUCCCUUUAAUAAGAGUGACAGCUAACAAGUAUUAAGCACUUAUCAUGUCAGGGGCCCUGCAGUAAGUGGUUUGCAUGCAUUUCUCUGUUUAAUCCUCCCCACAUAACUUUUCUGAUCCCGAUUUGGUAGGUGAGAAAUGAAUUAGCGGAUAAGUUCAGUGACUUGCCCAAGGUGACACAGUUGCAGAGCCGGAACUUCAGUUCUAGUCUGUCAGCAUAGCCAAUGUCCCUUAACCACUUAACUGCCAAGGCAGUAUUGGUAUGUUUUUCUCAAGGCAUGUAGCUCAAGCAGGUAGUAGAAUAUGCUUGAUGAGAGAGACUUAGGAAUGUGACGUUGAAUUCAGUUUUCUCUUUUUCCUUUAUAUUUCACGAAAAUUUAGACCUUGGCUUUAUAUUAGAAUCCUGGGCAGAAGAAAAUGCAUGAAUUAAUUGUACAGAAUUGUCAUGGAAGACUGUAGAAGUGAUGCUUUUCAAGAGGUUAUCAGACAAACGGGCUGUUAGCUGAGUUCCUUCACUGUGAGCCAGUUAGGUGGCACACUUACUGUGGACUUGAAAAGAGAUAUGAUACACAGUCUGGUACUUGAGAAGGUUUAUAAUCUCUAUGAAGCAAAAGGUAGUUGAUUUAGGACCUGAUAAAUUAAUGCUAUUAUUGUCCUUAAGAGAGAUUGAGGUAAAGCAUUGUGAAAUGGAUCUGGAGACAUCCAAAAGCAUACACUUAGGAUGGGGUUGUGGAAGAGAAGGCCUAGGAGCAGAGAGUGAGGAAGAAGAUGAAAUUGAAAUGGAAGUUGAAGACCAGGAUAGCAAAGAAGCCAAAAAACCAAACGUCAUAAAUUUUGACACCAGUCUGCCAACGUCACAUACAUAUCUGGGCGCUGAUAUGGAAGAAUUUCAUGGCAGGACUUUGCAUGAUGACGACAGCUGUCAGGUUAUUCCAGUUCUGCCCCAGGUGAUGAUGAUCCUGAUUCCUGGGCAGACCUUACCUCUUCAGCUUUUUCGUCCUCAGGAAGUCAGUAUGGUGCGGAAUUUAAUUCAGAAAGACAGAACCUUUGCAGUUCUUGCAUACAGUAAUAUACAGGAGAGGGAAGCACAGUUUGGAACAACAGCAGAGAUAUAUGCCUAUCGAGAAGAACAGGAUUUCGGAAUUGAGAUAGUGAAAGUGAAAGCAAUUGGAAGACAAAGGUUCAAAGUCCUUGAGCUAAGAACACAGUCAGAUGGAAUCCAGCAAGCUAAAGUGCAAAUUCUUCCUGAAUGUGUGUUGCCUUCAACCAUGUCUGCAGUUCAGUUAGAAUCCCUCAAUAAAUGCCAGAUAUUUCCUUCAAAACCUGUCUCAUGGGAAGACCAGUAUUCAUAUAAAUGGUGGCAGAAAUACCAAAAGGUGAGAAACUGAUUUUUUUUU